UCGCUCGCCAAUGCAUCGAGGCGACCGAGCUCGAGAGCUCGUGUGAAGAUCUCGAGCGGCAUGGAAAGCAUACAGAAGGCCGUGCGCGACAUGGUGAGGGACGUGAAGUUGAGCACCUCGCCCUCGCCGUCGCCGCCGUCGUCCGGAGGCGCGCGUUUCGGCGGAGAAGGAAGGGCUCCCGGAGUCGGGGUCGCUCUGUCGGCGCCGGAGCAUCCUCCUGUUCUGUUCAGCAGGAAUCCUCGAGGGGUGGUAUCUUUGGGGACUUGUUCGAAGCUCUGUGCAAUUUCCCUCGUUGCUGGCAUUUUCUUGGGCUACACUUUAAAACGUCGGGUCCGAGGUUGGGUUUCAAAGCUCCUCAAGAGAUUGAAAGAUGAUUGAUGCUGGCUCUGUCCUGCGUGAAUGUGGUGCCCGACUUGGAGGUUCGUCACGGAGCGAAAUCUGUUGUGACAUAUUGACAUAUACAAGCUCCUUUGUUGCCUUGAAUUACAACAUAGAUCAGCCAAAUAUACUUUCCACCUCCUCGUGCGAUACCUUAUCUCUCAUCUGUGGGAACAAUUAUCUCCUCCUUCAUGCUCUGGUAUUUUCUAAUGAUUCAAACUAGAAGUGGUCAUGGGGCGGGCCUUGGCAACCUGAGGAUCAGGCCUAACUUAUUGCCUGGGUUAGCCAUCACUCAUUUGUCUGGUCUCUGCGUCUUCUUCUUCAAUUUGAUGCUUCCUUUCGCAGAUUUUUGCAGUUUAUACUCUUAUCUAGGAAGCAGAUUACUGUUAAAGUUGAACAGAUUGUUUGAAGAUUAAGCAUGGUGCUAGUUUCCAAA